CCUGCAGAACCGCAGCAGGGUUAGAGCCUUGCUGUCUCUCUUUACUGGCAAUCAUCAUCAUUUCCUGUGGCACACAGUUUCCAUGACAGUUGAGGGAAACACCAAUAUAAAGCUGUGAGAGACACUGUAGGAUGCUCCUGACUCACUGUAUGAUGGAAUGGAUUGUGCUGGCAGUCCUCAGCCUCUGCCUGCCUGUGUGGAGUGCUGUGAAGGUGAUCCAGCCCUAUAGAGUGGUGACCACCAAUGGUACAGCACAAGUCAAAUGCUUCAUCAAACCCCAACCCUCGAACCACCAGAACCAGCUCUCUGAAGAAGAUAGCAUGCCAUACCCCUACCCUGGCCCUGAGGAGCUCCGUGUGACUCUGCUGAAAGGCCUCCAUGGCACCCAGAAAGUCUGCUCAUCUGUCCUCAUCCUCAAAGAGCAGAGGGAGAUAAAAGAGGAGAUAGAAGGAGAGUUUCAGUGCUCUGCUCAGGAGAGCGAGGACGCUGUGGAGGUGACAGUGUCCGGACUGAAAGCCACAGACACAGAUAUGUACCGCUGCGAGAUAGAGGUCUUCUACCCACCGCCCUACCUGCGGCUCACAGGCAAUGGCACACUUAUUCAUGUCAUAGACCGCGGAAACGCUUCCUGUCCUGUGCAGGAGGCUCACAGGCAGAUUGCACAGCUGGGUGGUGAAGAAGAGGAUGACGAGGGUGAUGAGAAUAUGGCACCAGUCAGUGUUCCAGUGGUUAUACUGGUGAUACUAGUCAUAUUUGUUCUCAUCAUCAUUAUCUACCUCCAGACUUUCCAGUGUGAGCGAGUGAAGAGGGAGAUUGUCAGAACCAUGCCUGGUGUGAUCCACAAGGUGGAUGCUGCUGCAUAUUCAUGUGAAAACAUUCCAUGAAAAACACACCAAUGUGUCUCCCCCAACUCCAAAUAGUCACCUUGGGGUCAUCAAAGCACCCUUGUAUCAGUGUUAGACUACCAUUUAGAGGGUUAGAGGAAUAUAGGUCAGUACUGGCCUAUAGACAAACACCAAAAUGACAUUUGAGUGUGUGCAUAUUUUACUUUGUAAGUAUUAAAUAAUGUUUACAUUUUAGUAAACACAAUUAUAUAAAAAAGCUGAAGCUUUUGAGUUGACUUAAUGAGCUCUCAACCAUACUGCAGCUAGAAAGCUUGUGGCCUAUGGCUAAUACUGUGUACAAACUACUAGUUUUAUUAAAAACUGAAUCAUGUUACACGCUACAGCUAAAAAAUGCAAUGCUUUGUAUCUUUAGGCUACCGCGGCAGUGUAUUCAUAGCUACCUUAUGUUUGAAUAUUUUGUUGCCAUCGCAAUGUUAAACAAAUAUUCAUGUUGGAUAUUUCAUUAAAAUAAAGUUUCUUCUCUUUAAA